AUGAAAAUCAAGAUUAAAAAAGUCAAUGCAGUAGCACACUGGAGAUGGAAUUUAUCAAAUGAAAAACCAAAUCAAUCGAAUCCAUCCAACCCAACCAAAGAUUCAUCCCAAGAAGAAGCAGACGAAGAAGAAGAAGACGAAGAAUUAUGUGGGAUUUGUAGAUCUGCUUUUGAAGGUUGUUGUCCAGAUUGUAAAAUACCGGGUGAUGAUUGUCCAUUGAUUUGGGGUGAAUGUUCUCAUAUCUUUCAUAUGCAUUGUCUUUUAAAAUGGAUAAGUGAAGAAUCAAGUAAACAAGCUUGUCCGAUGGAUCGUAGACCUUGGGGUAUGUACCGUCUUUUUUUUUGA